AUGGUCACAGAAAAUGGAACCUCGAGAUACCCGUCUCCCUUUGAGGAAUCAGAUCUACGCGGUCGCCGCAAGAUUUCCCAAACGGCGCGAUUGGAUCCUCUGAAGAUCGAUCCCCGCGCACCACGAACUGCCAGAUCUACCCCCAGGUCAUCGCCGCGUUCUCCGAACUCAACAUACGACCAACGCGCACGCUCGCCCAACCCCCCAUCGGCCAGGUCUUUUUCAGAUGACCGACCGUGGCUUCCGAUGUCUCUCCGGGCAGGCUCCCCGCAGGAGAUUCCAGAAGAUUGGAGGGCGAAGCAAUCCGUUGGCUACCCUCCCCCUUUACAAUCACCCGACCCACAAACCCCAAGAUACUACCCUCGCGAUAACGAACCAGACUGGACGCCCAAUCGCAAGGCCGCGCCGGCCAGGGGCGGUCUGCGAAUAUCUAUGUCUACUUCCAGAUUGCACGGCAGGCGGCCGCGAUUACAAGAAUCCCCAGACCGACGCCAGGAGCUCAACGUCCAUGGCCUGCCGCCGCCACCACGUUUCCCACACCAGGGGUCCGCGGAUAACAAAUCCCUCCGAACCAGCGUGAACUCUGCCAUGACAUCGCGGUCGAGCAUUGAGCAACACAGUGGCACGGAGCGCAGUAGUGUACUUACGAAGAGCAGCUCGAUUACCGAUUUGUCACCGGAUACACCUGAUGCUCCCUAUGGCAUGGAGGAUGGCAUGAGUGUGGAAGACGCGAUUUCCAUGUACCUUGACGGCUUCAGCGAUGUUACAGAAGAGCCGGCAUCUCCUAUGUCUCGGGCUGACAGCAAAGCACUGUCAAUAACACCGCCCCCAUCCCGAGAUAUGCAUUUGGACGGCAUCCCGCCCCCGAAACCUAUUUUGGGGGAUAUUCCUCCCAUUCCACCAUUACCGCAGUCCAUUUUGCCAGAACCUGUGUACUUGCAACCAAAUAUACACGACCCUGGUGCAGAAGCUCCCUCCGAAAUGCCUUUCCUUGGAUCCGAGCCCGCUUCGUUCGAGCCUCUCGAGCGUCCUCCUUCGAUGCCUACGCCACCUAAACCCCUAUCAGAUCAAUCAUCCAACAUUCAGUCAGUUCACAAGCGCGAGCAGACUAAAAUAUUCAUUCCCGGUCCCGUCCCUCCACCUCUCAUUUCUGGAAAUGACACGAGAGACAUGUAUGGGUUUCGCAAAGCAACUCAGUACGUGACUCGGGAGCAGUACGAGAUCUGGAACGGCCCAUAUUCAAAUUAUACUGCCCAACGGAGACAGAAAUGGCAUGCUAUGCUCCAGGAACAUGGGCUUCCAACCACAAAUCCAAGCACAUUUCCGGCGCAGUCGUCUAAACUCAAGCGUUAUGUGCGAAAAGGCAUACCCGCGGAAUACCGGGGCGCCGCGUGGUUUUGGUAUGCCGGCGGGUGGGAGCUCCUGAACUCCAACGUCGGCCUCUACGACGAAUUGGUGAGAAAGGUUAUGGCUUCGCCCAGCAAUGAUGACAAAGAGCACAUUGAGCGUGAUCUCCACCGAACUUUUCCCGACAACCUUCACUUCAAACCAGAGUUUGUUGAUGCUGCUGAGCAGGCUGGAAGCGGCAAUCCAACAGAGACGCAAAUGAUCCAAUCCCUUCGUCGUGUAUUGUAUGCCUUUGCCCUCCACAACCCCAAAAUCGGCUAUACUCAAUCCCUCAAUUUCAUCACCGGCAUGCUCCUCCUCUUUCUACCGGAGGAAAAAGCUUUUUGGAUGCUGCAUAUCAUAACCUCGCUGUAUUUGCCUGGGACACACGAGAUCAGUCUGGAAGGCGCCAACAUUGAUCUUUGGAUCCUCAUGGUUUUGCUCCGAGAUACAAUGCCGGGAAUCUACGCCAAGAUUUCCAGCAUGGGAGGAAACCCAUCCGGCCGUAAAACCCCACCACUCAAUGUGAAUUCGCGAUUACCAGACAUUACUCUGGGCCUGACUAACUGGCUCAUGUCGGUCUUUAUUGGAACGCUCCCUCUGGAAACCACUCUGCGGGUCUGGGAUAUUUUCUUCUAUGAGGGCUCCAAAACAUUCUUUCGUGUCUCGUUGGCUAUCUUCAAAGCAUGUGAGCGGGAUAUCCUGGCUGUUUCCGAUCCUAUGGAGGUAUUUCAGGUGGUGCAAACCGUCCCCAAGAAGUUGCUAGACGCCAACACUUUGAUGGAUGACUGCUUCUUGCGAAAGCAUCGAGUUGGUCAAGGCCGAAUCGAGGAACUUCGAGCCGCGCGCCGCACCGCUGUUCGUCAAGAGCAAAUGCGUCGGUCUGUUGCUUUCAGCAAGGGUGAACUGAAGCCAGCGACCGACGAUUUCCCUGUUCGUCGUCGGAACAACCAACCGGGCCUGGAAGACAGAGUCGUCGACUCCUGGCGCCAUCUGAAGCACCAUGCAUUUCGUUAG